AUGUCUACUUUUGAUUUAGAAACCGAUGACCAAAUUAGGAAUUUUAUGCAAGGUGAAGGGAAAUAUCAUAGUUCACCGUAUAUGGAAAUGAGUAAUGGAGAAAAAUUCAAUAAAUUUCGUGCUGUCAAUAAGAUCCAAGGAAUGUGGCUCACACAUCGUAGACACUUCGAACGCGGUAUCAAAAAACCCAAAAUUUCUGGUACUAAUACUAUUAUUGACUUAUAUCAUCGUUCAAACAACAACACCAUUAUUGUCUUCAACCCCUCUUAUACUACCACCUUUGUCUUCUCGAAUGUCCCUCUUCUUCGACCUCGACCGCGUUUACCAGAUUCCGAAAAUGAUGCCUUUGUUUUAAACCCGUCGGGAUUUAUUACCAUUCGGUAG